GAGAGAGAAUUAGAAACAAUACAAACGCUGGUGUGGAAUAUAAAGAAACGAUGGGGAAGAUUGAUGUGAAAUACCAAGAAUACCCUCACCACCAUCAUCAUCAUGACCCAAACUCCACCCCGCCUUUCUCGAUCCCACCGCACAAAACUGAAGGAGAAAGCAUGCAAUUCCAAAAAAGCCCUUCUAGCUCUAACCCUAAUAAACCCCGUCUCUUUGACAGACAGAGAGAAAAGAGAGUCGCUUCCCUACCGAAUAAAAUACACGCGCGAACUAUCUAUCCUUCUCUUUCACCACCCACACACACGCUUUCUCUCUCCUCUCUCUUCACCUUCCCUUUUUUAUUUCCUUCCAGACCAUUCGACUCUAUCAGAACGUCUAGGGUUUCUGAAAUCCGCUUUGAGGGCUUGCAUUUUGUUGGUUUUCUUCCAAAAAUAUAAAAGUUCCUCUAGGUCCUUUGUGUGGGUUUGAUUUACUCUAUGGAGGGGUUCGGAUGCUCUGGAUUCAUUGGUGCAAGUGGUGUGACGAAGAAGCGGAGGAGUAACACUAGCAGGAGACCUCGGCCCGAUGCAAACCCGUUCGUGGAUGGUCAAGAUCAUUCCCCUUCAUCAUCCACGCCACCUUCAGAUAAUGUGAGCAAAGUUUCUAGUGAUGAAAAUGUGGGUUAUGACGCUGGUUUCCAGAGGAAGGAGAUGAACCUCAACAGCACUGCUUCAAGGUUUCCGUCUUAUAACCAAGUUGAAGGGGAAGCACUUCCCAAAAAGAGUAGGAAAGAUGGAGCAUUUGGAGAAAUCGAUGGGUUUUACAGCAGUGGUAGCUCGAGAGCUGGAUCAGUGAUAAGAAAUGAGAAAGGACGGAAUGCAUCGGAUUUCAAACGGUGCAGUGAAGGUGUCCUUGCACCAGCUAAUUGGAAGAACGCGAGCAAGGUUAACUUCGAUUUUCAAUCUGAUAGCCAUAACAGCGAAGGAAGGAAUGGUGACAGCCGUAGUCUUGGGCAGUCAGGAGUAACUUUGAAUGGAUCAGGUAGUAGAGGGGAUUCUUCAUCCAAUGAGAACAAGCUUAGGAAAGUGAAGCUGAAGGUCGGUGGAGUCACACGCACCAUUCAUGCAAAACCCACACCGGACAGUGCCACUGAUGGUUCUUCUACGAAGCCUCCUCGCUCUGCCGAUGCCCCUCGGCAGCGGCAGAGGCUAAUUCUUCAGGAUAACUCGGAUGAUGACUCCCCACCAUAUAAAACAAAUGGCUUGCAGGGAAUCCCAUGGAAGAAUUUCAGUGGAGGAGGGGGUGUUACCCUUGCAUUGAAGGCGGAAUCUAGAGGCAAAAUGUCCGGAAGUCUGUCAGCAAAGCAAACAGACAAGUCUCACGGCAUUCCCUCUUCUGAGCCAGUUCGCAAGAGCAAAAGGGUACCUAAGAGGCGUGUUUUAGAUGGAGCAUUAGACGAUGAAGAUGAAGAUGAUGAGCUCCGAUAUCUCGGGAGGCUCAAAAUUGCAAAAGCUAAUGCAGAUUAUAUUACUGAUUAUGAUGAUGGGGAGGAGGAUAGCAGGAAACGGAGAACGUUGAAGACUUCUAGAAGUAGGAUUGCUGCUGGGGAGUAUGAUGGUGUCGAUGGUUAUGGUUUAUUGCGGUCAAGCAAGGAGGGUAAGAAGAAAUCUAGACUAGAGAGGGGAUCUGAAGAUGCAGAUUAUAUUGAAGAUGAAGACUAUGAUGAACCAGGAUCGGAUGGUGGGUUUGAUGCUAAUAUGAGGAAGAAGCAAAGGAAGGAAUCUCUUGACUCCUUAGCUGAUACUAAAAAGGAAAUCUCCCUCACUACCCGUCAGCGGGCCCUCCAAUCAGGCAAAGAUGUAUCAUCUACAAGUUUGGUCGAAUUCCCAAAUGGGUUACCCCCUGCUCCCCCAAGAAAGCAAAAGGAGAAGCUCUCUGAAGUGGAGCAGCAGCUGAAGAAAGCCGAAGCUGCUCAAAGACGUAGAAUGCAAGUCGAGAAGGCAGCUAGGGAAUCUGAGGCUGAAGCGAUCAGGAAAAUAUUGGGUCAAGAUUCGAGUAGGAAAAAGAAAGAAGAUAAGCUGCGGAAGCAGCGGGAUGAAUUGGCACGGGAGAGGGCUGCCAAUGCAAUGACUCUCCCAUCAAACACUGUUAGGUGGAUAAUGGGGCCAACCGGCACUGUUGUUACAUUCCCCAAAGAUCUCGGUCUGCCCAGCAUAUUCGACUCCAAGCCAUGCAGUUACCCUGCUCCUCGGGAGAAAUGUGCCGGCCCGUCAUGCACCAACGCCUACAAGUACCGGGAUUCCAAGUCGAAACUCCCACUUUGCAGCCUUCAGUGCUAUCGAGCAGUAAAUGAAACGAUGCGACCGGUCACAACCUGCUGAGGUGUCCUUCAAUUCUACCUUUGUUGUGUUGGCGCAUUUAGGCAAAUCCCGCAUGUACAAAUCUCCAUUUUGUAAAUGGAAAUGACAAAACAAGGAUGAUCUGUCAUUUCUCCAUGCUGAGAGCCUGUGGAGUGUUCAGGCUUUUCCCAUUCAAUGUAAGAAGGCUUGGUAGUUGGUACAUACAAAAUUUUUCUUUGAAUCCAAUCGAGCAAUGUAAAUGCAGUUUUU